GCUGCCGAGCAGGGUGCCGGCUACAAGGUGCUUUCCUGCAGGCGACCGGGGCGCAAAGCUCAAAACACGUAAAAACAGGAGGGGUAACUACACGACACACACUGCUCGGUACACGGGUCACUUCGUAAGACUGAAACCCCCCGGUCUCUGACGUCAGCCGGUCACCUGCUCCUCGCCGUCACGUUGCAUCUAGUAAAACUACCAUACAUCUCCAGUAGCCGCCGUGUGUCUAAGCACCUCGGUGUGACCCCAUAAUUCUACAGGCGCAGUGAAGCCCCCAGCACCCAUCCGCGCCUCCUCAGCCCGCUCCCAUAGCACCUGUUGCCGCCUGCAUCUCCGUCUUAACGCCUUAAUAUCCCGUUACUUCUCCUGUGGAGAUCCUCCGCUUCCUCUAGUUGGGUGUGACCUCUGGUGGGGUGAUGCACACAGCUACCAGCAGUUACCCGAUGGCCUCCCUUUAUGUGGGAGACCUCCACCCAGAUGUCACAGAAGCCAUGCUGUAUGAGAAGUUCAGUCCUGCUGGGCCUGUGCUGUCUAUACGGGUGUGCAGGGACAUGAUCACCAGGCGGUCCCUGGGCUAUGCCUAUGUCAACUUCCAGCAGCCUGCAGACGCUGAACGUGCUCUUGACACCAUGAAUUUUGAUGUGAUCAAAGGGAAACCUAUUCGGAUUAUGUGGUCCCAGCGUGACCCUUCUCUUAGGAAGUCUGGAGUUGGCAAUGUUUUUAUAAAAAAUCUGGACAAAUCAAUUGACAACAAAGCACUUUAUGAUACUUUUUCUGCAUUUGGCAACAUUCUUUCCUGUAAGGUGGUGUGUGAUGAGAACGGCUCCAAGGGAUAUGCUUUUGUGCACUUUGAGACACAGGAUGCUGCGGAUAGAGCAAUAGAAAAGAUGAAUGGCAUGCUGCUCAACGACCGUAAAGUGUUUGUUGGUCGUUUUAAAUGUCGAAGGGAGAGAGAAGCAGAACUUGGCGCUAAGGCAAAAGAAUUCACUAAUGUUUACAUCAAGAACUUUGGCGAAGAUAUGGAUGAUGAACGACUGAAGGAAACUUUCAGCAAAUACGGGAAGACUCUGAGCGUUAAGGUGAUGACUGACCCGAGUGGCAAGUCCAAAGGGUUUGGCUUUGUCAGCUUUGAAAAACAUGAAGAUGCAAAUAAGGCCGUAGAUGACAUGAACGGGAGGGAUGUCAAUGGAAAAGUCAUGUUUGUAGGCAGAGCACAGAAAAAAGUUGAGCGGCAAGCAGAGCUUAAAAGACGUUUUGAGCAGCUAAAGCAAGAGAGGAUCAGCCGCUAUCAGGGAGUAAAUUUGUAUAUCAAAAAUCUAGAUGACACUAUCGAUGAUGAAAAGCUGAGGAAAGAGUUUUCUCCAUUUGGAUCAAUCACAAGCGCCAAGGUAAUGCUGGAGGAUGGCCGUAGCAAAGGAUUUGGAUUUGUUUGCUUUUCUUCCCCAGAAGAAGCCACUAAAGCAGUUACUGAGAUGAAUGGGAGAAUUGUAGGGUCUAAACCGCUCUAUGUAGCAUUGGCUCAAAGAAAGGAAGAACGGAAAGCUCAUCUUACCAAUCAAUAUAUGCAGCGUAUAGCAGGAAUGAGGGCUCUUCCUGCCAACACCCUCAUCAACCAAUUUCAGCCAGCUCCUGGAGGAUACUUUGUGCCUGCUGUUCACCAGGCUCAAAACAGACCUACAUACUAUGCACCUAAUCAUAUGACUCAAGUUCGACCAGGCCCUCGGUGGCAGCAAGCAGGACGUCCUCAAGGCUUUCAACCCAUGCCUAAUGCACUGCGCCAGAGUGGCCCACGUCAGUCACUACGUCAUCUGCCACCUUCAAGUACUCAGGGCACCCGUGGUAUCCCCAAUGUAGCCCAGAGAGUUGGGGUAUCGUCUGCUACUCAGACAUUAGGCCCACGGCAACCAGUCUCCGCUCCUCCCCCUCGAGCUGUGCCUCCAUACAAGUACACACGUUGCCCUCUCCCUGGAGUUCAGCCUCUGCAGAACCCCCAGCCUGCUGUCCAUGUACAGGGACAGGAGCCACUCACAGCUUCAAUGCUGGCCGCCGCUCCUCCCCAAGAACAGAAACAAAUGCUGGGAGAACGUCUCUUCCCUCUAAUUCAAGCCAUGCACCCCUCAUUGGCGGGUAAAAUAACAGGAAUGCUGCUAGAAAUCGAUAACUCAGAGCUACUACAUAUGUUGGAAUCCCCGGAGUCUCUGCGCUCAAAGGUGGAAGAGGCUGUAGCAGUUUUACAAGCCCACCAGGCAAAGAAAGAUGCUGCCCAGAAAGUGGGGAUCGUUGCUGCUACCUCCUGAACCAGAGUAACUUGAAGUAAAGAAGCCAAAUAAUCCCAGAAUGUGUGAGUUUGGAAAGUGGCUGCCAAGAAUCAAGUCUCAUCCACAUGCUGCUUAUCUCAACAGAGAUGCCAUCUGUUUGUAAAACAUGGGGUCUAUGCACUUUUGCUUUAUUGCUCUUAGGAUGAGAAGUUGCAUCUUGAGUGAACAUCUCCAGGAUUCUUCUGCAGAACUCUCCCCCCUAAUUGCAAAGGAUUUUUAUUUUUUGCAGAUUUAGUUUUAAGGAAAUUUGAACGUGAGAUCUAAACAAUUUUCUCAAUUAAAUGAUAAAAUGUUUUGAGUCCAAUGAAUUGUUGUCUGUGAUCUGUAGAGUGCUAUAAUCUGCUUUGCUUUUUCUUUUCUAAAUUCUUAGUGUUCAAUACUUGAGUAACUGGGACCUCCUACGAUCCUCCUGAACGGGCCCCUGCAGUCUGCCAGAAGCAGCCGUUCCAACCCCUGCAGGAAGCCGCUGUUGACACUCCCCCUCCAUGUAUCUAUGGUAUACAUGGAGGGGGCCUGUCAGCCGCCAAUCUGUGCAGGGGUCGGCAUGCCCCCUUCCAGCAGACUGCCAGGGCCCCGUUCAGCGGUCAGGACCCCCCAGUGAUCUAUAAGUUAUAUUUCGCUACAGAACGCCUUAAACCUUUCGUGCAUUAUACAUGGUUGACAAGAAUCUAAAUCAUGUCAAGGACCCUGGUAUGAUAAGAAUGUCUACUAUAAAAAUACUUUGUUUUUAGACUUAUUUAUUUAUUUUUUGCAAAAUAACAAAAACCCAUGUUUCCACAGACUGCCUAGCACUGUUUUCAUUCUUAUGCAGUUAUAGCCUGCUUUAGUCCAUCCUUCCCAUUCUCUUGUAAAGUCCAUAAA